UAUACAGUUUAAGGGGUAUAGCAAUUUGAGAGGUUUACUUCCAUAAAAUUAACUAAAUCUAGACUAAUUUCACUCGAAUAUUUCCAAAACACGUAUAAUUUGUUGAAAUGAUCGAUUUAAAAUAUGCUAUAAACAAAAAAAUGUCGGAUUACUUACCGAGUGUACCCGUUCGAAGACGCCAUUGCUUAAGCUUUGUGCCGCUCCGCGACGAAAACUUCUUCGUCCGCGUCCGCUUCCAAUGUGUCACGUGACAUGUGCCUUUUUCUUGUUACACAGAAUAGCAGAGAAACCAUUCAGUGGGCAAUGGACAACGGCCUAAUAAAAAAGCAUCGCAAUUGUGAAAACGGACGUUGUGCAGGAGUAAAUGUGAUGCGAUUAGAAGAAGUGGCGAGUACAGAUGGAUUAAUUUGGCGAUGUUCAGCAGGUACGGCUUGUAGAAAGAAGAUUUCUAUACGAAAGGACUCAUUUUUUGAACGUAGCCAUCUACCAAUUGCAAAGAUUAUACAAUUGGCAUAUAUGUGGGCGUUCGAAAUAGACAAACAGGACUUUAUUCAGAGAGAACUCCAAAUUUCUUCUCCCAACACAGUCGUAGACUGGAAACAGUUUUGCCGUGACAUAUGUCACGAGUGGAUUAUUAGAAAUCCAAUUGUUAUUGGAGGACCUGGCCACACAGUGGAAAUCGACGAAAGCUGUUUUGUUCGUCGUAAGUACAAUCGGGGACGUCUUGUGAGAGAACAGUGGGUGUUCGGCGGCUACGACGUGAACACCAAGCAAAGUUUCAUGGUCGCAGUUGACCAACGGAAUGCCGCCACUCUGCUGCCCAUUCUACAGCAAUUUGUUUUGCCCGGAACAAUUGUCGUUUCAGAUUUGUGGGCUGCCUAUAACACAAUUCGUAAUUUAGGUUACCAACAUCUGACAGUUAAUCAUUCCAUAAAUUUUGUUGACCCUAUCACAAAUGUAACCACAAACCACGUGGAGUCGAUUUGGCAGAAGGCCAAAGAAAAAAAUAAAAGACGAUAUGGCACGCAUCGUGCGAUGCUAGACAAUUAUUUAGCUAAAUUUUUAUGGAGACAGCGUUUCCAAAAGGACGCAUUUCACAGUUUUAUUUCGCAUGUGCGCCAGGUUUAUCCUGACGCAGCUAAUUAGUUGUCUAAUUUUAAUGUAUAGUUUCAUAGUUGUAAAUUGUGAUUAUAAUAAAUUGUUUCAUUCAUUCCGUAUUAUUUUUUAUUUUAUUUAUGUGUUGUAUUAGACAUUAUCAUCCAUUACGAGGGGAAAAUACCUAAUAUAACAAAUAAAAUUAAAAACGUUAACA